AUGGCUCCUUCCUCGGGAGGCGCUGUGGGUGCUGAGCGGAAAAGGAUGAUGGAUUUGGCGGCCAUGGAGGCCGCGACGUCGAGUACUCAGCUGACCCUACCUGUCAGCUACAGAAAGUUCAGGGGAGUUGCGCCGCGCAACUAUGUUCUCAAAGCUAUGCUUGAGGGUGAGCAUGCUUCUAUCGAAGACUUCCUGGAAAGGCUCAAUGAGGAUGCAAGUGCAGUUGUGGGAUCGGCUGUGCUUGUGGAUGAGCUCUUUCGUGUACGUGAAGCCCUCGUUCUUCUCUGGACCGAGCAGCUGACAAAGCGGUGUGAUGGCGACCCACCUUGGGUGGAGCGCCUCCAGGCGAUGGGACAUUUCCCAAGCACUACCCUGUGGUUUGCUGACGGGGACUUUGGCCUUGCUCCGGCGGAGGCCUAUCGCGAUGCAAGUGUCCAGCAGCAGCGGGGCAGCCGGGAGCAAGUGGCAGCAGCGCUGCCGCCUUCUAGUGGGCGACCUGGUGCUGGGGCGGACGCUGAGCUGGUGACGCGGCCGGCUGCUGGCGAGAUUGAGGAGGAUGCGGGGCUGGCUGGGCCUCCCGAAGUGGAGGCGACCCACCAUGGCGACGCUGCUCUUCCUUUGCAGCCGGCGGCCAGAUGUAGUAGCGUAAGGGCCCCGACCCGAGAACCGCGAAAAAUCAAAGAAGAUCCGUGGAAGGACAAAGAGCCGCCUAGCCCGGCCUCUCCCUGCCUCCUUGGUAACAUGUUUUCUAAGACCGGCCGUUCGGGGCCCCCUCUGAGAGUAGCUCUCCUUGCCGCCAUGGCCUCGUGUCAGUCCCCUGCCUCUUGUGAACCGGCAGGUGUGGACUUCCUCGGGGGCCCCCUGGGCGCCACGGCCCAAGGUGGCAGUGCGAUCGAGCAGAGCUGUGGAACGGAUUUUCUUGGCGGCCCCAUCUGGACGGUGCCGCAAGCGCAUGCAUAUCCUAGUGCCAGUGUGGAUCAUGUGCAGCCUGUGCAGCAAUCCCUUCCGUGCCUUCCGGUGUGUGCGCAAUUUGGGCUUCCUGCUCUCCAGCGCUGCUUUGCAUUCCUGCAAGGUGUCCGUGUGGGUGAGGCAAAGCACCCGGGUCCGCGAGGCCCACCAGCAGUGAUUACCUGGAACUGGCAUUUGGGGUUUAGGUUCGGCGAAGCUUCGCACCCGGGCCCUGCUGAGCCUACGAGCCGAGGUGAUGGAUGCCAUCCCCCUUUCCCCUCUUGGGUUCUAGGUCCUCCGCGACGCCAGCAGCCGGCCCCGGUGCCGCUAGGCCCCCUAGGGUUUGAGUGUGCACCUAGGUGUUGCGUGACAGGCCGCCGGGCACCUGCAGGCGAGCCGAUGCUUUCUGUGUGCCAUGACUGGAAGAGGGGAUGCCGCCUGGGCGAGGCCUCUCACCCUGGGCCUGGCUUCAACCUUGACCUUGGCAACCUUGGGGAUAGCCUUGGCGAUAGCAUCAUGAAGUCGAUCAAGGAGCAGAUCCAGAAGGCAGUUGACGAGGCAGUAAAGCAGGCCCUGGCGUCGCUCAAUCUCGGCCGGGGCUUGGCUGCUGCCCGGCCGUCCGGCGAUCCAGACCGUGCAGGUGGCCGCCAGAGCGCAGCCAAAGGCAAGGGCAAGUCUGAAGACAAGUCCGGCCCAGCCAAGGUGGCCCAGUGCGGUGGCCCAGGCGACUCAGGUCAACGCCGGGGCAAGGGCAAGGGCGGCUGUGGUGAGGCAGGCGGGCAGGAAGCCGGUGAUGGCUGGCAGAUCGUCCCGCGCAAGGCUCCGGAAGGCGCCUUCAAGCUUCGAAAAUCUGAUUGGGACGCUCCGGUCGUUGAGUACGCUGCCCUAGCUGAGUUCAUUGACAAGGCUGAUGCCAGCAAGGUCCUCGAACUUGUAGUCUUUGUUUCGGCCGACCAGGUCACGCUUGCUACGAACAUUCUGCAAGGGAGCGGGCUGAGCUUCAAGGCCCUGCUUGUUUUCCUAUCCAAGGAUGAGGAGGCCCAGCGCAUCCCGGGCACCAUUGGGGAUCGCCUGGUCUUCAGGACUGCUAAGGUCCAGAAGCUCACGUCUGCAGGUGCCAGUGGCCAUGCUCCGCAGCCCACCGGCCUGAGCCAAACGUCCAUCAAGAUCAAACCCACUGAAAGUGCAGUCGUCUACUUUAAAGUGCCAAAGCAGUUCGCCUCAGCCGACACUUGGAAGGCUUUCGGGGGCAACGCCUCCAAGGCCGCUGUAGACUGGGUCGCGGCCCAAAGGAUCAAGGUGCUCGACACUUUUGCCUGGGUCCUGGAAAAGCAGCGAAACGACACUCAUGAGCAGUACUUUGGCAUUGUUCGCAUUCCGAAGGCAGAUAUUGAGGGCAUCCUGGCCCACUCUGGCAAGGACGGUGUCUUCGUGGAUGCCGCUCGCACCUCAGGGCCCGGGGCGAAGCUCCAAUGGAUCGAGAAGCUUCCCGGCGAGAAGGUGGACGCCUACUUUGAACGUGCCCUGCGCCAGGCUUCCAGCCUGGGCUUGGUCGUCAAUGGGGGGCGAUUGGCGUGGCGAAGUGCCAUGGCGGCUGGAGAAGCAACGGUGCGCAUCUGGCACAUCGAUGGUGUGCCCCACGAGUGGGAUGCGGAUGCCGUCGGCCAGCUCUUGGCCACACGCUUCACUGAGUACACCAUCCUGUCGCAUCGGCGCACCCGCCUCGGGUCCUGCUUUCGCUUCCGCGGGCAACCUGGAACCGCAGACACGGACCUGGUGCCGUUCAUCGUCGAGCAUCAGGAGAAGCCCUUGUCCUUGUGGGCAACGCUGGCACCUUUCCGUGUCGUCUCCAAGAAGCAGAAGCCUCUCGCCUCGAAGGCCGUCCCGGUCGUUGCUCUCGAGCAGCCUGUCGUUGCCACCAUCGUCAAACCUCCCACGGGGGAGCUGGCUACGGGCGAGGACGGCAAGGAAGUGCCCCAGCAGAAACGUGUCAAGCAGGAGGUGCGCACCAAGCCAGGUGACCUCCAGCUCAAGGCAUGCCCUCGUGACGGAGCCUGCGUGCUGCACGCAAUAAGCCUCGGCCUUCAAUGGCUUGGUGACUCUCGGCCCAAUCACCCGCGCAUGCUCCGUGCGCAAAUGGUCGAACACAUGCGCCGGCAUGUCACCCAGUACGAGAAGGAAUGGGACGGCAAAGGGCCGGACAGUGAGCCGGUCAAGGACCGGGACUUCUCGGCCUACCUCACUCUUAUGGAGAAGGAGGGGGCGUACUGCUCGGAUGUCGAGCUGAGGGCCCUGGGCCGUGUGCUGGACAUCAAAAUCGAUAACCACGUAGAUCUCAUGCUCCCGCCUGAGGGUCACAAGAAGUAUCCAAGUGAGUAUGCCCAGAUCACAGCUGGCUCGCCCGGCAUCCGUCUGGACCACCUCGAUGCCGGCGAGCGCCUCGGGGAGUGCUGCGGGGCGGCCCUCGAUCGAAGCCCAGCCCUCUUUGCAAGGUGCAAGGCAAAGGCAUUGCAUGGUUCCCAGACCAAGCCCAGGGGCGAGCCACAGGCGAGGUCAUCACAGGCCACGGCCCAGGCAAGGCCCUCAGGCACCAAGCGCAAGGCGGUAGAGUGCACUUCGUCCGUCUUCACCUGCACCUCUACUGGCACUAUCGAGGCCUUCGAUGAAUCCGAGUUUGAGCGAGCUCGUGCGCCCCCGAAGCGCUGCCCUUGGCUGGCCCACGCCACGGCACCGGCUGACCUCACCUUUCGGUGCAACUUGUGCCCUUACAAGCGCAAGGCCACGAGCAACCACCAGUACUACCACAUCCGCCACAACCACUACCAGCGUGCCCAUGAAGGGCAGGGCCUGCAGCCGGACAUCGGGCGACCCAAGCUCACGCGGGUCUGCGGCCCAAGGGCUCAGUUCAUCUGGUGUUGCCCUUUCUGCAACAAGGGCAUCACGCACGAGACUCGGAAGGACCUUUCUCGAUUCUCCUACUAUGCCCUGCGCAACCAGCAUUGUGCACAGGCCCACCCCGAGGUCUCCAAGGCUGAGUGGCAGCGUCUUGCGGCACUCCCGCAAACCGGGCCCAAGGAUCGCCAGGUGCAUGCCAAAGGGUGCCGCCAGCGCAACCUCACCAAGGCCGUGUUCGCUCAAGUCAGGACCCCUCGCUUUGGGGACCAGAUGCAGCUCUUCGUGUGGCCUCGAGCCAGGUGUGAGAAACGCAGCACCCGGGUCAAGCAUGUCCUCCUUGAGCAUGGUUGGAAGUGCCUCCGGUGCGGUGAGUGCACCAGGGACCUGGCUGCCGCCAAGCAGCAUAGCGAGGGCGUGGGCCCGGCGUGCCGGAGGCGAUCCCGACUUCUGCUCCCAGGUGCUCCGUGCUGCCGCGGCUGCCAAGCUUGCCAUCUCCAUGCGAAUCCCCUCCUCGCCGUGUUCAUCAAGCUUUUGAGCAUCAAUGCGAACCGCACGGCCAUCCCCAAAGUGGACCUGUGUGCCGACUUCCUCCAGUCGUGUGGGGCUGAGCUCUUGUCUCUCCAGGAGGCUGACAUCAACCCUUUGUCGGCCCAGGGUUUUGGUGAGCGCUGGCGUGCCCACGGCUAUCGGGCUGUUCUCAGCGACAUUGAUGCUGCCGAGGGUGUGCAUAGGGUGGCCUUGGUCGCCUCCCUCCCCAUGCAUCGUGUGAACCUUAAGCUUCCUCCGCAUGUGGCUGCGCGCUGUGCUGCAGGUGCUUUUGAGAUGCAGGCUGCUGGCAGCAAGUGCAUCAUCCUUGUGGUGGCCUUCUACGGCUUCCCUGGUCAGCCCGCUGCCACAGCCCAGGCCUUAGGUGAGGUUAGGCGUGCAGCUGCGACCUUCGGCGGCCCCUACAUCUUGCUCGGCGAUUUCAAUGUGGACCAGUCUGAGCGGCAAGCUGUGGUGCAGCUGUUGUGCGAUGGCGAGCUCCGGUCUCUGGAUGAGGCGGACUGGACCCAAGCCGGCCCAACAAAUCCCACGCGCACCCGGCGCAUCGAUUUUGGCCUGGCCCAUUGGUCAAUCAUUGCGACGGCUGUCAAGCAGUUCGAGCGCCCGAACCUUUCGGACCACGGGUGCGUCUUCUACGAAACGCGGUGCCUGAGCCGUGCCGACAGCUUCUCCAUGCCUAAGUUUCGUGAGCUCCCUGCCACGGCCACUGAAGACAUCCUGUCUAACUUUGGUAGGGUCUGGGAUGCCGCACACUUUGAGAGUUCUAUUGCAGGUGGGGCUCUUGAUGAAGCCUGGGCCUUCUUGUCAGACGUGGCCGAGCGCACGCUGGGUGCCACUUCGCUCUUCGAUGCCUCCGGUGCCCGCAGGAGCGACCACUGGCUCCCUUGUGCCCGCCACGAGUCUCACCAUCGUGUCGGCCCCCAGGGUCAUGAGUCCCAGUCCCUCCGUUCAUCUCGCAAGUUGCUUGGGCAAUUGCACCAACUGCGGCAACAGCCCCACUGUCAGAAGCUGUGGCGUGCGGUGGGCCGCCGGCCUGGGCUCCUGCGUGCCACUUUCCCCGACCUUCCCGUGAUACAUGCUGCCAACCUUGCAGGUGCCACCCAGGUGAUCUCUCAUUUGCAUGCCGAGCUUCAGCAGCAGGAGACGGAGGCCAGAGUGCACAGGUGGCGUCGCCGUGUUGAGGAGGAUCCUUCUCGUGCCCUCGCCUGGGUCAAGCGCAAAGCUGACCAUAAGUUGGCCAUGGAGCAAUCUCCUCAGGCCCCUGCUGGUGUCCCUUCCUCUGUUCACCCUGCCUCUAUUGUCGAGGAGCAUGGUAAAGUGUGGCUGCAGCACUGGAAGCCGGAGUCCCCUGUCAACUUCGAUGCCGUGCAGCGCAUCCUUGACCGUGUCCCGGGCGGGCCGCAAUCGGACAUUGUGCUCCAGGUCGAGGCUGAGGCUCUGAUGCGGGCCACCAAGGCAAUGCGGGGGAAAGCGAUGGGCCCUGACCGAUGGUCAGCGGAGCUUCUGCUCCGCCUCCCAGUGCAGUGGUGGGAAGCGGCGGCCACUCUGUGGAAUGCGGUGCUCUCCACGAAGUACGUUCCUCGACUCUGGCGCCGGGCACUGAUUGCCCUGGUGCCGAAGCGCCUGGAUGAAUACCGACCGAUCGCCUUGUGCCCUGUCAUCUGGCGAGCUGGUGCCCACUGCAUCUCUCGCAAUGUGCUGCCGUGGAUGGACACAUGGCUGGGCCACCACACUUUGGGCGGUGCACCAUGUCGAGGCCCGGGCGACGCUCAUGCCCGGCUCUUUCAUGCGUGGCAGAGCGGCGGCAAAGUCUUUUGCCAGCAGGACCUCACGCGGUUCUUCGACUCUCUUGAUGUCAAGGCGGUGGGUAUGGUGCUCCGGCACCUUGGUGCUCCUGUUAACCUCGCUGAGCUCUUAGCCUCCUUCUACCAGGAUGCCUCGAGGCUCUUUCUGCACGAGGGCCGGUCCAGCAGGGCUUCUGACUCCUUCGACCAAGCCUUCGGUUUCCAGUGCCGUGCCAGCAAGUGUGCUGUGGUGUGUCCACCCGAUGUCGGGACUUUCGAUCAGUGGGCCAGUGCCAGGAGCUACCCACGCGUGACUACUUUAAAGGUGCUGGGCAUCACCCUCGACAUGCAGGAGGGUGCCCUGGGGCUCCUUACGUUUAGCCCGCGCUUGCUCCUGCAUCGCCUUCGCUUCCUCAAGCUCCUGGGAGGGGAGGUGCCCCAGCUCCGUCGCAUCGUGCUGCAGCUGGUCCACUCGGCCAUGUUUUGGGCUGGUGGUGUCGCCUGCCCGGCUCGGCCCCCGGCAUGGCUCGACACGGCUGGGCUUGAUGUUGCUUGUGGUGACUGGCGUCGCUUCCUCCCUGGUGCGGCGGCGGUUGUGCAGAGGUUAGGCUGGCAGGUCCAUGGCAACGGUCUCGCACCUCCUUCCACCCGUGCUGGUGAACGGCUCUUUGCAGCCGAAAUCCCUGAGUACCCUGCAGCUCCUGCAGCUUCGGACUUUGAAAACACCCUUCAGAGCAUUGUGGCGCAUCUUCGCAACUUCGCUACUGUGGGCGAGCGUCUGCUCAUCGCGACCGAUGGCAGUGCUAAGUUUGACGUCGGCGGCUGCGCCGUGAUCUUCGGAAGCGGCGAUGGCACCUUCGUCUUCGGUGACGCCUGUGAAGACCAGUCGGCUUUCCGAUGUGAGCUCCUCACCUUGACGACCCUCUUCGAGGCGAUCUCUCGUGCGCAGUUGGCUCCAGGCUGUCAGGUUGGCAUCCUAGUGGAUUGCAGCUCUGCUCUUCAGGCUGUGGCUCAACCUGGGGCGUGCUCCAUGCCUCUCCUGGCUCACAAGGCUGCGAGGCUACUGCGUGAUGUGCGUGCCGGUGGCUUGGACCUGAAGCUUUCGUGGACUCCUGCACAUGGUCGGCGGCCCAACUGGACUGCUCCCUGGGGCCUAACGGCCGCCCGCUGCAGGGACCUCAACGAACGGGCCGAUGCGGCUGCCAACAGCAUUCGCGAGCACCGGGCUCGUGGAUCGGGCAGGGUGAGCUGGCAUGCAGAGCUUCAUCGUGCAGCGCUUUGGGAGCGGGGGGCCAUCUUGGCUUCUGCUGGUGCCUCCAAUGUCUUGGCGCAGCACCUUCGUGCGGGGAUGAUGGAUUUGGCGGCCAUGGAGGCCGCGACGUCGAGUACUCAGCUGAUCCUACCUGUCAGCUACAGAAAGUUCAGGGGAGUUGCGCCGCGCAACUAUGUUCUCAAAGCUAUGCUUGAGGGUGAGCAUGCUUCUAUCGAAGACUUCCUGGAAAGGCUCAAUGAGGAUGCCAGUGCAGUUGUGGGAUCGGCUGUGCUAGUGGAUGAGCUCUUUCGUGUACGUGAAGCCCUCGUUCUUCUCUGGACCGAGCAGCUGACAAAGCGGUGUGAUGGCGACCCACCUUGGGUGGAGCGCCUCCAGGCGAUGGGACAUUUCCCAAGCACUACCCUGUGGUUUGCUGACGGGGAUUUUGGCCUUGCUCCGGCGGAGGCCUAUCGCGAUGCAAAUGUCCAGCAGCAGCGGGGCAGCCGGGAGCAAGUGGCAGCAGGGCUGCCGCCUUCUGGUGGGAGACCUGGUGCUGGUGCGGACGCUGAGAUGGUGACGCAGCCGGCUGCUGGCGAGAUUGAGGAGAAUGCGGAGCUGGCUGGGCCUUCCGAAGUGGAGGCGACCAACCAUGGCGACGCUGCUCUUCCUUUGCAGCCGGACAAAGAGCCACCUAGCCCGGCCUCUCCCUGCCUCCUUGGUAACAUGUUUUCUAAGACCGGCCCGUUCGGGGCCCCCUCCGAGAGUGUGGACUUCCUCGGGGGCCCCCUGGGCGCCACGGCCCAAGGUGGCAGUGUGAUCGAGCAGAGCUGUGGCACGGAUUUUCUUGGCGGCCCCAUCUGGACGGUGCCCCAAGCGCAUGCAUAUCCUAGUGCCAGUGUGGAUCAUGUGCAGCCUGAGCAGCAAUCCCUUCAGCCCACCGACGCCUACUUUGAACGUGCCCUGCGCCAGGCUUCUAGCCUGGGUUUGGUCGUCAAUGGGGGGCGACUGGCGUGGCGAAGUGCCAUGGCAGCUGGAGAAGCAACGGUGCGCAUCUGGCACAUCGAUGGUGUGCCCCACGAGUGGGAUGUGGAUGCCGUCGGCCAGCUCUUGGCCACACGCUUCACUGAGUACACCAUCCUGUCGCAUCGGCGCACUCGCCUCGGGUCCUGCUUUCGCUUCCGCGGGCAACCUGCAACCGCAGACACGGACCUGGUGCCGUUCGUCGUCGAGCAUCAGGAGAAGCCCUUGUCCUUGUGGGCAACGCUGGCACCUUUCCGUGUCGUCUCCAAGAAGCAGAAGCCUCUCGCCUCGAAGGCCGUCCCGGUCGUUGCUCUCGAGCAGCCUGUCGCUGCCACCAUCGUCAAACCUCCCACGGGGGAGCUCGCUACGGGCGAGGACGGCAAGGAAGUGCCCCAGCAGAAACGUGUCAAGCAGGAGGUGCGCACCAAGCCAGGUGACCUCCAGCUCAAGGCAUGCCCUCGUGACGGAGCCUGCGUGCUGCACGCACUAAGCCUCGGCCUUCAAUGGCUUGGUGACUCUCGGCCCAAUCACCCGCGCAUGCUCCGUGCGCAAAUGGUCGAACACAUGCGCCGGCACGCCACCCAGUACGAGAAGGAAUGGGACGGCAAAGGGCCGGACAGUGAGCCGGUCAAGGACCGGGACUUCCCGGCCUACCUCACUCUUAUGGAGAAGGAGGGGGCAUACUGCUCGGAUGUCGAGCUGAGGGCCCUGGGCCGUGUGCUGGACAUCAAAAUCGUCGUGCUGCCGGCGGGCCUCAACUUUGCUCCUUACGCCUUCCAUAGCAAAGCUGCCAAGAUGCUGGUGUUGUGGUACGAGGAUAACCACGUUGAUCUCAUGCUCCCGCCUGAGGGUCACAAGAAGUAUCCCAGUGAGUAUGCCCAGAUCACAGCUGGACCCGUCUUUGGGCUGCGUGCAGGUGGCCGCGGGCCCCCAUCGGUCUUCACUGCCUCCUCUGCUGCCUGUGUUCGAUCCCAGCCAUCCUCUCCGUGGACCUCGGUCAUGGAAGGCGAAGGGGCAAAAUCCCAGGCUCGCCCGGCAUCCGUCUGGACCACCUCGAUGCCGGCGAGCGCCUCGGCGAGCGCUGCGGGGCGGCCCUCGAUUGGAGCCCAGCCCUCUUUGCAAGGUAGGCGGCCCAGGUCACAGGUGUCACAGGCAAGGUCUUCAGGCAGCCGGGUGUCGUCGCAGGCAAAGGUGCAGGCCCUUUCCCGACCGUGCCCACCCAGUGCCAGGUGCAAGGCAAAGGCAUUGCAUGGUCCCCAGACCAGGCCCAGGGGCGAGCCACAGGCGAGGUCAUCACAGGCCACGGCCCAGGCAAGGCCCUCAGGCACCAAGCGCAAGGCGGUUGAGCUGUGCACUUCGUCCGUCUUCACCUGCACCUCUGCUGGCACUAUCGAGGCCUUCGAUGAAUCCGAGGUUGAGCGAGCUCGUGUGCCCCCGAAGCGCUGCCCUUGGCUGGCCCAUGCCACGGCACCGGCUGACCUCACUUUUCGGUGCAACUUGUGCCCUUACAAGCGCAAGGCCACGAGCAACCACCAGUACUACCACAUCCGCCACAACCACUACCAGCGUGCCCAUGAGGGGCAGGGCCUGCAGCCGGACAUCGGGCGACCCAAGCUCACGCGGGUCUGCGGCCCAAGGGCUCAGUUCAUCUGGUGUUGCCCUUUCUGCAACAAGGGCAUCACGCAUGAGACUCGGAAGGACCUUUCUCGAUUCUCCUACUAUGCCCUGCGCAACCAGCAUCGUGCACAGGCCCACCCCGAGGUCACCAAGGCUGAGUGGCAGCGUCUUGCGGCACUCCCGCAAACCGGGCCCAAGGAUCGCCAGGUGCAUGCCAAAGGGUGCCGCCAGCGCAACCUCACCAAGGCCGUGUUUGCUCAAGUCAGGACCCCUCGCUUUGGGGACCAGAUGCAGCUCUUUGUGUGGCCUCGAGCCAGGUGUGAGAAACGCAGCACCCGGGUCAAGCAUGUCCUCCUUGAGCAUGGUUGGAAGUGCCUCCGGUGCGGUGAGUGCACCAGGGACCUGGCUGCCGCCAAGCAGCAUAGCGAGGGUGCUCCGUGCUGCCGCGGCUGCCAAGCUUGCCAUCUCCAUGCGAAUCCCCUCCUCGCCGUGUUCGUCAAGCUUUUGAGCAUCAAUGCGAACCGCACGGCCAUCUCCAAAGUGGACCUGUGUGCCGACUUCCUCCAGUCGUGUGGGGCUGAGCUCUUGUCUCUCCAGGAGGCUGACAUCAACCCUUUGUCGGCCCAGGGUUUUGGUGAGCGCUGGCGUGCCCAUGGGUAUCGGGCUGUUCUCAGCGACAUCGAUGCUGCCAAGGGUGUGCAUAGGGUAGCCUUAGUCGCCUCCCUCCCCGUGCAUCGGGUGAACCUUAAGCUCCCUCCUCAUGUGGCUGCGCGCUGUGCUGCAGGUGCUUUUGAGAUGCAGGCUGCUGGCAGCAAGUGCAUCACCCUUGUGGUGGCCUUCUACGGUUUCCCUGGUCAGCCAGCUGCCACAGCCCAGGCCUUAGGUGAGGUUAGGCGUGCAGCUGCGACCUUCGGCGGCCCAUACAUCCUGCUCGGCGAUUUCAAUGUUGACCAGUCUGACCAAGCUGUAGUGCAGCUGUUGUGCGAUGGCGAGCUCCGGUCUCUGGAUGAGGCGGACUGGACCCAAGCCGGCCCAACAAAUCCCACGCGCACCCGGCGCAUUGAUUUUGGCCUGGCCCAUUGGUCAAUCAUUGCGACGGCUGUCAAGCAGUUCGAACGCCCGCACCUUUCGGACCACGGGUGUGUCUUCUACGAGACGCGGUGCCUGAGCCGUGCCGACAGCUUCUCCAUGCCUAAGUUUCGUGAGCUCCCUGCCACGGCCACUGAAGACAUCCUGUCUAACUUUGGUAGGGUCUGGGAUGCUGCACACUUUGAGAGUUCUAUUGCAGGCGGGGCUCUUGAUGAAGCCUGGGCUUUCUUGUCAGACGUGGCCGAGCGCACGCUGGGUGCCACUUCGCUCUUCGAUGCCUCUGGUGCCCGCAGGAGCGACCACUGGCUCCCUUGUGCCCGCCACGAGUCCCACCAUCGUGUCGGCCCCCAGGGUCAUGAGUCCCAGUCCCUCCGUUCAUCUCGCAAGUUGCUUGGGCAAUUGCACCAACUGCGGCAACAGCCCCACUGUCAGAAGCUGUGGCGUGCGGUGGGCCGCCGGGCUGGGCUCCUUCGUGCCACUUUCCCCGACCUCCCUGUGAUACAUGCUGCCAACCUUGCAGGUGCCACCCAGGUGAUCUCUCAUUUGCAUGCUGAGCUUCAGCAGCAGGAGACGGAGGCCAGAGUGCACAGGUGGCGCUGCCGUGUUGAGGAGGACCCUUCUCGUGCCCUCGCCUGGGUCAAGCGCAAAGCUGACCAUCAGUUGGCCAUGGAGCAAUCUCCUCAGGCCCAUGCUGGUGUCCCUUCCUCUGUUCACCCUGCCUCUAUUGUCGAGGAACAUGGUAAAGUGUGGCUGCAGCACUGGAAGCCGGAGUCCCCUGUCAACUUCGAUGCCGUGCAACGCAUCCUUGACCGUGUCCCGGGCGGGCCGCAAUCGGACAUUGUGCUCCAGGUCGAAGCUGAGGCUCUGAUGCGGGCCACCAAGGCAAUGCGGGGGAAAGCGAUGGGCCCCGACCGAUGGUCAGCGGAGCUUCUGCUCCGCCUCCCAGUGCCGUGGUGGGAAGCGGCGGCCACUCUGUGGAAUGCGGUGCUCUCCACGAAGUACGUUCCUCGACUCUGGCGCCGGGCACUGAUUGCCCUGGUGCCGAAGCGCCUGGAUGAAUACCGACCGAUCGCCUUGUGCCCUGUCAUCUGGCGAGCGGGUGCCCACUGCAUCUCUCGCAAUGUGCUGCCGUGGAUGGACACAUGGCUGGGCCACCACACCUUGGGCGGUGCACCAUGUAGAGGCCCGGGCGACGCGCAUGCCCGGCUUUUUCAUGCGUGGCAGAGCGGCGGCAAAGUCUUUUGCCAGCAGGACCUCACGCGGUUCUUCGACUCUCUUGAUGUCCAGGCGGUGGGUAUGGUGCUCCGGCACCUUGGUGCUCCUGCUGGCCUCGCUGAGCCCUUAACCUCCUUCUACCAGGAUGCCUCGAGGCUCUUUCUGCACGAGGGCCGGUCCAGCAGUGCAUGGGGCAGCCCGGCGCGGGGCCUGGCGCAGGGAUGCCCACUCUCCCCAAUGGCCGCGGUCGCGGUCGGCCAUAUCUGGGCCAUGUGGGUCCAGUCCUUUGCCAAGGGACGCACCGACUGCCUCAUCUUCAUUGACGACCGGGUGCUGUGGCCUUCCUGCUCGUGUGCGGACCCUCUUGGGGCCAUGGAUGUGGCAUUGAGGGCUUCUGACUCCUUUGACCAAGCCUUCGGCUUCCAGUGCCGUGCCAGCAAGUGUGCUGUGGUGUGUCCACCCGAUGUCGGGACUUUCGAUCAGUGGGCCAGUGCCAGGAGCUACCCACGCGUGACUACUUUGAAGGUGCUGGGCAUCACCCUCGACAUGCAGGAGGGUGCCCUGGGGCUUCUUAAGUUUAGUCCACGCUUGCUCCUGCAUCGCCUUCGCUUCCUCAAGCUCCUGGGAGGGGAGGUGCCCCAGCUCCGUCGCAUUGUGCUGCAACUGGUCCACUCGGCCAUGUUUUGGGCUGGUGGUGUCGCCUGCCCGGACCGCGACUGCUUGCGCGACGUCUGGCACUCCACUUGUGCGGUCCUGCAAAAGCACGCCACCUUCGAGUCCCCUAAAGUCUUGCUGUGUGCCUCCUUUGGCUGGAGUUUGGACCCUGAAUGGGCGGCGGACUGGGCAUCCCUGCGGGCUGCCUGGCGUUUCAAGGCUCGGCCCCCGGCCUGGCUCGACACGGCUGGGCUUGAUGUUGCUUGUGGUGACUGGCGUCGCUUCCUCCCUGGUGCGGCGGCGGUUGUGCAAAGGUUAGGCUGGCAGGUCCAAGGCAAUGGCGCCAUCCUGGCACGGCUCGACGAUUCGGGCACCCUCCGUCAGUGCCACCUUGGCUGGGAAUCCUUUGAUGUGGUCAAGCGCUGGCUUGUGGACCACUACAAGUGGCAGGGCGUGCAUUCGUGUGGGCGGAUCCGCAAUCGUGGCCACCGCGAUGAUGCAACGUUGGCCCGUGGUCUCAGCCUGGGGGCCCCGCUUCGCAGUGCUCGGUUUGCGCUUGAAGGUCACCGCCUUGCAGUCGCGGCUGAGCCUACACGUGAAGUUCGCCUUGCAGCACUGGGCUCGGGCGGCUCCAUCUGGUACCACUGCAAACGGCUGGAGAUGAGCUCACCCGACACCACGGCGUGUGUUUGUGGCCUCUUGCAGCCCAGCCGGGCGCAUCUCACCUGGUGUUGCACCUCAACGACGGGAUUGCGGCAAGGUCUCGCACCUCCUUCCACCCGUGCUGGUGAACGGCUCUUUGCGGCCGAAAUCACUGAGUACCCUGCAGCUCCUGCAGCAUCGGACGUUGAAAACAUCCUUCAGAGCAUUGUGGCGCAUCUUCGCAACUUCGCUACUGUGGGCGAGCGUCUGCUCAUCGCGACCGAUGGCAGUGCUAAGUUUGAUGUCGGCGGCUGUGCCGUGAUCUUCGGAAGCGGCGACGGCACCUUCGUCUUCGGUGAUGCUUGUGAGGACCAGUCGGCCUUCCGAUGUGAGCUCCUCACCUUGACGACCCUCUUCGAAGCGAUCUCUCGUGCACAGUUGGCCCCAGGCUGUCAGGUUGGCAUCCUGGUGGAUUGCAACUCUGCUCUUCAGGCGGUGGCUCACCCUGAGGCGUGCUCCAUGCCUUUACUGGCUCACAAGGCUGCGAGGCUACUCCGUGAUGUGCGUGCCGGUGGCUUGGACCUGAAGCUUUCGUGGACUCCUGCACAUGGUCGGCGGCCCAACUGGACUGCUCCCUGGGGCCUCACGGCUGAUCGCUGCAGGGACCUCAACGACCGGGCCGAUGCGGCGGCCAACAGCAUUCGCGAGCACCGGGCUCGUGGAUCGGGCAGGGUGAGCUGGCAUGCAGAGCUUCAUCGUGCAGCGCUUUGGGAGCGGGGGGCCAUCCUGGCUUCUGCUGGUGCCUCCAAUGUCUUGGCACAGCACCUUCGUGCGAGGCGGCCGGCCCGUCUCAUUCACGAUGAUCCGUGA